AUGCCAGAAAAAGGCUUCACUGUCGCGACUUACGCGGCCGGGGCCUCUUUGGCCACCAUUGCCCUUGUCUACGUCUUUGCGCCCACAUAUCUCAUCGACAGCAAUCCCUCCGGCUCCAGCAAUCCACUCUCGUCGCUUACGAGUCGCAAAAAUGGUGUUGUCGGUCUCUACAAUGCCGCCAAUGACUGUUUCAUCAAUUCGGUUUUGCAGGCCCUGGCUGGUCUAGGGGAUCUGCGAAUAUACCUCAUUCGCGAAACCCACCGACGCAAGAUAGACAAUUUAGGGGUGUACACCGAAGCAGUCCCCGAAGACGUCGCCAUUCCCUCGGCUGAUGGUACGAGCGUGCCUCGCCGAUCCAUACCGGUCUGGAAGAUCGAGGGCCUACAGGCUGGUCUGGUCACAAAGGGCUUAAAGGACAUGAUCGACCAGCUCAACGAGCGGCCUAUUGUCAAGAAGACGAUCUCGGCCAUGCCAUUUGUCCGUGUGCUUGAGGUGGCUUUUCGUCAGCGAAUCAGCCGGCAGCAGCAGGACGCUCAAGAAUUUUUACAAAUCGUGGCCGAACGUCUGUGUGACGAAUAUCAUGCAGGCCAGCGAGCGAGGCGAUAUGCACGACAAAAGGCCGUAAUGGAGGCCGCAGCUGCAGGUUCAACGCGGGCGACAGAUGCUGCAGUUGCGGCAGCGACGGCACAGCUGGAUACGGGUGUCGUUGGAGAGAAGCUGGCCAGUAUCGAUGCUGCAUCUAGUGACAGGACAGAACAACACUGGCAACAUGGGUCACAAGGACAGAAGUUAGAGCGGUCGGCCCCAAGCAGUUCCGAAGCUGUCAACGGACUGGCACGCGAGGAGGACGAAGACGAAGACGGGUUUCCGAUGGAGGGCAAGAUUGAGUCUCAGAUCGAGUGUCUCACCUGCGGCUUUAGGCCAAGACCAUCAGAGCAGGCGUUUUGCACGCUGACGCUCAACGUUCCACAAGUCUCGUCGACAUCCUUGAGCGCUUGUUUUGAUACAAUGCUGAAGACGGAGUACAUUGACGAUUUCAAGUGCGAGAAGUGCCGGCUGCUGCAUGCUAAGCAGAUGUUCGAGAUUGAGCUGGCCAAAUCAGUAUCCGAGCCAUUCCGGAAGCAGACCAGACGUGCCAUAGAUGAGCUGCAGGCGGCCAUCGAUACAGAUCCUGAAAAGCCGCCUGCAGAUGUUACUCUCCCCGAUGUGCGGUACGCGCCAAAGCGGCGCAUUGCACGACACUUCCGUGUGGUCAGUUUCCCAAAGGUGCUAGCCAUUCAUUUGUCGCGGUCUAUCUACGAUGUCACGUCGCAGAAGAAUUCGGCAAAGGUGGCUUUCCCCGAGCGGCUGCCACUUGGCGGCUUGCUUCAUAGACGGAUGUACAAGCUUCUUGGGCUCGUCACGCACAAGGGCAGUCAUCACAGCGGCCACUACGAAUCGUUCCGGCGGCAGACCAUCGCUGCGCCCUACUCGAACUCUAACACGUUCGCCGUGUCGACGGUAUAUUCGCCGUCACCGAGCCCGGCCGCAACGACGCCGAGACUCGGGUCUUCCGAGGUGACGCUGAUCAAAGAAAGCACGACAAACAGCAGCCCCGUGUCCUCUGUGGCGAAUCUACCGCCGACGGUUUUUGAAGCUGGCAGCCCGGUACUGCCUCUUGAUCCGUCUGGUCAACACGGGUCAAGACUGUCAAGAAAACGAGAUUCUUGGACAUCCAGUAUUCGGGGGCAGUCUGCUUCGUUUGUACCACCGAUUGCACCCACAUCGGCGCCUCGCGACAUGUUGCAGGGAGAAAGGGACAACAACUCUGCUGCAGACGCCGUGGCCGAAACGUCUAGCCUGCGAUCGAUCACGCGGUCCACGCUGUCGCGACUCACAUCUUCAACUCGCAGUGGCAGCCGUAAAGGCAGCCGGACGAAUAGCAUAAGCCAGAUCUCCGCACUACAGCUGGGGAGCAAUGGACACAGCAGCACAGCAAACAACACGGCGGCUGAGAGUGGAAAGAAGGCAGUCAGCAAGGCUGGUGAUGCUAGUUCUGUGCGGCGUAAGAAGCGGUCUAGCCAUGACCAGUGGUGGCGUAUCAGCGAUGAGAGAGUGCGAGAGGCGAGCACGCGCGAGGUGCUUGGGAUGCAGAGAGAAGUGUACUUGUUGUUCUACGAGCUGGAGCGUGACUGGAGCGUGACAUAG